UUCCGGUGAAGGGGUGCUCAGCUUGCUCGGGAGUCCGGAGCUUGAGUUUAGCGUCGCAGAAGGGCUCCAGCUUUCGACAGUUUGGGAUAGGUAUGAGUGAUUUCAGUGAAGAAUUGAUAAAGUCCACAACAGAGGAUGACCAGGGGGAAAGGUGUGAGCUCUCUGGAACAGGAAUGCAUUUUCCUUGGCUCCAAAAGCAUAUAGAAACUGUGGCGACUGGAGGGAAAAAGGAGAAGGAUUUUGCGCAGACGACAAGUGCUUGUUUAAGUUUUAUCCAGGAAGCUCUGCUGAAGCACCGGUGGCAGCAGGCUGCGGAAUACAUGCACAGCUAUUUGCAGGUCUUGGAAGAUUCGGACAGCUGCAAGAGGCAGGCCGCCCCGGAGAUUAUUUGGAAGCUCGGGAGUGAAAUUCUGUAUUAUCACCCUAAAAGCAACGUGGAGGCGUUCAAUACCUUUGCUGACCGGAUGAAAAAUAUUGGCGUCAUGAAUUACUUAAAGGUGAGCUUGUGGGCUUUGUGAAUUUACAUUUGCAGGGGUCAUUUUUAUAAGUUGUUCGU